CAUGCGCAGUUGUGAAUUAGAAAAUUCUAGUGUGUUCAUGAGCUGAUGUUCUUUCCAAAAUAUAAGAAACGGUUAGGUAGAAACUUUAGUCAGCAACAGUUCGAUAAUUCGGCUGUGUUUAAUUAGAUUCUAAUCGUAAUCAAAGCGAUCUUUUGGAUUUACACAGAUUUGUAUCUUUGUCCUGAGCACAAGAUCAUAAAAUGGUUAAAGAAACAGGAUAUUAUGAUAUAUUAGAGGUGAAACCCACUGCCACAGAUGCAGAGUUGAAGAAAGCCUACAGAAAGUUGGCUCUGAAAUAUCACCCUGACAAAAACCCAGAUGCUGGAGAUAAGUUCAAACAAAUCAGCAUGGCCUAUGAAGUCUUAUCAGAUCCCAAAAAAAGGGAAAUUUAUGAUAAAGGUGGAGAAGAAGCCAUUAAAGGUGGAGCUUCAGGUGCUGGAUUUGACUUCCAUUCUCCAAUGGAUAUCUUUGAUCUAUUCUUUGGUGGUGGUGGUCGUAGGGGCCCUCAGAGAGGACCCAGAAAAGGAAAGGAUGUAAUUCAUCAAAUGAAGGUUUCAUUAGAAGAUUUGUACCAAGGUGCAACCAGGAAGCUGGCAUUACAGAAAAAUGUAAUUUGCAGUAAAUGUGAAGGGAUUGGAGGUAAAGAAGGAUCUGUUCAGAAAUGUACCAAUUGCAGAGGGACAGGCAUGCAAGUUCGAAUUCAACAGUUAGGCCCUGGCAUGGUCCAGCAGAUUCAGUCUGUAUGUGCUGAAUGCAGGGGAGAAGGGGAAGUCAUUGACCCAAAACACAGAUGUAAAAAUUGCAAUGGAAAGAAAAUAACCAAAGAGAGAAAAAUAUUGGAAGUACACAUUGAUAAAGGCAUGCGUGACAAUCAGCAGAUACGAUUUUCUGGUGAAGGUGAUCAAGAACCUAACCUUGAACCUGGGGACAUAGUAAUUGUCCUGGAUGAGCAAGAGCAUGAAAGAUUUCGCCGCCGUGGGAACGACCUCAUAAUGACCAUGCAACUAGAGUUGGUUGAAGCUCUAUGUGGGUUUCAGAAAACAGUUCAGACUCUAGAUGGCCGUACAUUAGUAAUUACCAAUCUUCCUGGGGAGGUUGUGAAACACCAAGAUGUCAAAUGUGUGAUGGGAGAAGGCAUGCCUAUUUACAGAGAUCCAUUUGUGAAAGGUCGACUCAUCAUUCAAUUCACAGUCAAUUUCCCUCCUAGUGGUUCCCUCGAUCCAGCAGCCAUUAGUGCUCUGGAAGCAGUGCUCCCACCAAGACAGGAGGUUAUAGUUCCUGAUGGUGCAGAAGAAUGUACGCUGGAAGACUUUGAUCCAAGCCAGGAACAAAGGCACAGGAGUCAGGGAAUGGAAGCAUAUGACUCAGAUGAUGAACAUUCUGGGGGUCAGAGAGUGCAGUGUGCAAGUCAUUAAUAAUUGCUACGUUUAGGAGCAUUUCUAGGGAUUACAGUUUUCUGCAUUAGCCAAACAUUAGAUAUUUGCCUAUAUAAGAAUGCCUUGUGAAUUCAUCUAAAAUCUAUUUAAUUACUUAUGAAUCUAUAAAGAAUUCCAAGUGAACUCAUCUAAAAUCCAUUUAAUUACUUUUAUGAAGUUGCAUUGGACCACAGAAUAAAUAUAAAUGACUUUUAAAUUUGGAGGAAUUUUUUUGCAUGGAAAACUGUGACCCCCCCUUAUCAUUACAAGUAAAUCACAGAGAGAUUUCUAUUGAAGUUGGACAGUGAGUGUGGUGUGAUGUAAAAGUGGCGACAUUCCUAAUGUCAUUUUGUCUAUAAACUAUUCUGUACAGUGUCUAACAGGUCAUUGUAAAUAAAUUGUCACUAUCCUCAUUUUGUUUUGUGUACAGUCAAUCUAUAGUGAGAAUCAACUGCCAUUUUUAUCUAUUGUCUUGACUUCCACAUUUUUGGCUCUUUGUCCCUUUGUGUUGGUACAGCAUGCAAUGAAAUGUUUGUGGGUGAGAACUGAAUGGUGGUGCUAAUAUGCAGGGUUGAUAGUGUACGAGUUAGUCUGUGCCACCCUCACUAGGUGUUAACUGUACUAAGUGUAAAUAACUCACUAUUUAUGGUUUUAUUUGAGGAACAAGUUGACAGCAUAUUUAUUACAUCAAAGGAAUCUGUGUGUGUGUUACUUUAGAAAAUUGAGUUGUUUUUUUCAUAUGAUGUCAUAUAUAUAUAUAUAUAAAAUUGUACCUGAGCUGCACUACUAAUGAUUGAAUGUACAAACUUGAUGUGACCUGCAGUAGUGUAGUCCCUAUAGACUAGGCAAAGUCAACUUUUGUUGGUGACCAAUUCAAGAACUGUAUUCAAUAAAUAUGAAUAUUUAA